UCCCCGGGUCCAUUUGACAGUCGCGAAAUCUGCCUGAACUUGCCUUCGGCCGAUCGCCUUUUUAAUCUAUUCCCCGUCGCGCGGUGCCGAUCAGCUGAUAUUCAAUUGUGAGAUUUUUUUUGCGAGUGAGCGAUGUCCGCCUUGAGAAUUCUGUGCGCCGUUACUUUGAUCGCGUUCGUCGCGAGUGACAGGGAGGCCGGAUUCUGCGAGGCGCCGGACGGGUGCAGCGUGGACUCGAGAUGCCCGGCGCAGAAUCGCUUCACGAGAAAACGUUACAUCCUUUACGACGUGAAUCCCCCGGAGGGCUUCAAUCUGAGAAGAGACGUGUACGUUCGCGUCGCCGUUUUCUUGAGAAGACUAAUUGAGAGGGACAAGGAAUUCCAGUGGCAAUUGGUUCUACCGCCAUGGGGUAAUCUGUACCACUGGCGGAGCAGAAACGUAGGAUCCCAGGAGCGUUUACCCUGGGGUACCUUCUUUGACAUUACGAGUCUGCAACGGUACAUACCAGUUAUUGAAAUGUAUGGAUUUAUGGAAGAAUACUCGUGCAGGAGCAGAGAGGUGCAACUUGAUCGUCUGUACAUUCUGCAAAAUGACGAGGAAAUGUUCAAGACUGGCAAAUUCGAGGAUAAGAAUGAGCUGGUGGACUGCGAUCGUGACUCCUUGCGAUAUCAUGAAUUGGAGCAUUCAUUGUAUAUCGGCCCGUUCUGGGGCUACGCUAACGUCACAGUUCGGGAUGUGAGGUGUCUUAAAUUCCACGGCAUGGCACAUGACCUCUCUCAAAACCUCAUGCCAACGCAGCACAGAUCCAUAAUGUUCGAUCGCAUGGAGAUUGCCUUACACGACGAAUACGGAUCUAAAGAGUACUGGAGGGCUAGGCGCAGCAUGCGCUAUAAUUCCGAACUGUACGCUAUCGCGGAGGAUUAUAGGAAAGCUUUCCUGAAUUCCACGAAUGCGGAUGAUAACACGGAACGGCCAGCGGAUUGGACCAAAGAGAAGAAUCGGCGUGAUGCAAGAGGCGGGCCAUAUUUGGCGGUUCAUCUUAGGAGACGCGAUUUUGUCAUGGCUCAUAAGGCGUCGGUGCCGACGAUAAAGGAUACUGCUGUACAAUUACAAAAUAAAAUGGAUAAGCUUGGGCUAAGCGCACUGUUUGUUGCGACAGAUGCAGAACAAAACGAGUUCGAAGAACUCAAGUCAUAUUUACCUCAGUACAAAGUUAUGAAAUACGUGCCAUCUAAUUAUGUGAUAAAUAAAUUUAAAGAUGGCGGAGUCGCCAUUAUUGAUCAAAUAAUAUGUUCGUAUGCCAGAUAUUUCAUAGGAACACGUGGAUCAACGUUUACAUUCAGAAUACAAGAAGACAGGGAGAUUAUUGGUUUUCCAUCACAUUCUACGUUUAAUGAAUUAUGUAAGUCUAAUAAUAGCGAUUGCGCAAUAGAUGGAUUCUGGUCGAUUGUUUGGUGAUAUUCUGCUUUAGUAACGCAGAAUCUUUAGUUUGUAAAAGUUCCUUAUGACUAUUAUUCAUCUCUUUUCUUAUCAAUUCCAAUUUUAUUUGAUGAAUUAUUUAAGUAAUAACUUGGAUAAGUUAUAAAUAUUAAAGUAUGAAAUAUUUCUCUUUGUAAACUUUUUUUAUUCUUAGAAAAAAGCCUAAAUAUACUUCAAGUUAAUAAACUUUAUCAUACAUUAUUUAAAUCCAUAAUUGUAAACGUUUUGCGUACACGCUUACAAAUGCAUGCAUACAGACGUGAUGUAUAAUGCGACAUUUGUUUUCGACAUCGGGAAAAUAUAUAUUUUGUAACUAUUUUAAACUAACCGCAGUAAAUUCACCAUAUUAAUAAAUUUCUAAAUAUACGCUGUUCUACAUUAAA